AUUCGGAUAACACCCAUAUUACAAAGAAAACACUCACAUUUGGCGCACCGCAUUAUCUUCCGUCGGUACCUGGUCACGUGAACAUGAUGAUCCGUCUUGAGCCAACACAGGAUCCGUUGUGUACAUAAGGUGACGUGGAACAGGCGAGUGAUAAUGAGAAUUUAGUGCACCGUAGUUGAAAUUAACACCAUUAGCUAGCUAGUUUAUUCAGACAUCCAACGCAGUACACAUAAAAAAAAAUAAAAAAAAACUAUGUGCUGCUGUUGUUAGGUGAGUUGAUAUUGAGAUAUAAAGCGAGACAACAGUGCUAGCUCGACAGCUGUCAGGCUAGCGAGGGGGUCGUGUCAGCACUGCUAACAUAGCUGACUGGCUCGCAUUGCGGAUACAACACAACAGAACCUCCUGCGACAAACAGGUCUUGCAUGAGGUGGUCAUCUUUCCAAAGUUACCAUGGCGAGUCCAGAUGAUCUGAAGUUCCAAGAGUUUGAGGAGGCCACUGACCUAUUGUUAGCAGACCCUGGGGCCUCCACCCUCAGUAUGUCUGGCUCCAGCAGUACGGCCCCGGCUGGUGCCACUGGGGACAUCAAACUGGACAUGUCUGAUGAUGAGGGACAGGAGGAGAGUUCAGAGCUCCUAAGAGGGGAGAAACAAACUAGCGGUUUCUGGACCUUUGAGUACUACCAGUCGUUCUUCAAUGUGGAUACAAUGCAGGUGCUGGACAGGGUCAAGGGGUCGGUGAUGCCUUUACCAGGACGGAACUUCAUCAAACACACCCUCCAGUCGAGUCCAGAUUUGUAUGGCCCCUUCUGGAUCUGCGUGACGCUGGUGUUCUCUCUGGCCAUCAGUGGAAACCUGUCCACCUUCCUGAACUCUCUGGGGAGCCCCCAUUACCACUACAGACCCCAGUUCCACAGAGUGACAAUAGCUGCAGUAGUGAUCUUCCUGUAUGCCUGGCUGGUGCCCCUGGGUAUAUGGGGUUUCCUGACCUGGAGGCAGAGGGAGGAGAGGCAGCAGAGUGGUUACUCCUUCCUGGAGACAGUGUGUCUCUACGGCUACUCCCUCUUCAUCUACAUCCCCACCUCAGUGUUGUGGAUCUUACCAUUCGAAUGGCUCCAAUGGCUCCUCAUCCUGGUCGCCAUGGUGAUCUCUGGGUCGGUCCUGGUGCUCACCUUCUGGCCUGUCGUCCGCGAUGACACCAAGGUGACUGCUUAUGCCACCGUGGCAACAAUCGUCGUUCUCCAUGCACUGCUAUCAAUUGGCUGCAAGAUGUAUUUCUUUCAGACAGCGACUCUCACACAAGUUACUACACUCGCACCCAACCACACAGCAGCAAUAUUGCCCAGCAAGACCCACUGACCAAGAGGAACCAGAGGGAGGGAGAUGUGUCAAUGUUUGAGACCACUGGGGAAUCUGAAAGGACUAGAUAAAAGGUUUAGGCUUUUGUUACCUACUCUGUGAGCAUUGGAAGAGUAGCUAGCUGGCUAACCACCAAACGGAUGAUAGCGAUUUCGCCAUUGACUAACUACAUUGUUGUCGUGUGAGGACUGAGUCGAGAGGGAACGUUGGAUGAAAUCAGUUUGACACCUGUGUGGACAUUGUUUUUAGCUCAGUGGGUCACACAUUAUCCAGUCCUUUCAGAUCAGAGAAGGGGACAUAGCUCCUGCAUACUCCGAUGCUCUAACCAAUAAUAAGGACACAGAGGACUGACAAGUGGUCAGAAAGGUACCCAUAACGUUGUAGAGGUUCUGGAUGUGUGAGCCCUACUCUAGUACAUUAUGGACUUAACUGGAUCAGCAGCCCAUUAAAAGUACUGUGUAAAUGACUACAUAUGUUAUUACAAAGAGAAGGGACAAGGAUCGAGGUCUGAGUAUAAACAAAUUAUGGGUUAUGAGGAUUGCAUUGGGGGGGAAAUGUCUUGCUUAUGCUGCAGAAAUUAUUCUGCCAGCCUCCCGGGUGGCGCUGUACUGCAGCGCCAGCUGUGCCAUCAGACUGUGGGUUCGCGCCCAGGCUCUGUCGUAACCGGCCGCGCCCGGGAGGUCCGUGGGGCGACGCACAAUUGGCCUAGCGUCGUCCGGGUUAGGGAGGGCUUGGCCGGUAGGCAUGUCCUUGUCUCAUCGCGCACCAGCGACUCCUGUGGCGGGCCGGGCGCAGUGCGCGCCAACCAAGGUUGCCAGGGGCACGGUGUUUCUUCCAACACAUUGGUGUGGCUGGCUUCCGGGUUGGAUGCGCGCUGUGAUAAGAAGCAGUGAGGCUUGGUUGGGUUGUGUAUCGGAGGACGCAUGACUUUCAACCUUCGUCUCUCCCGAGCCCGUACGGGAGUUGUAGCGAUGAGACAAGAUAGUAGCUACUAAAACAAUUGGACACCACGGAGGGAGAAAAAGGGGUAAAGAAAAAAAGAUUCUGCUGUAAAUUCUGCACUUGUAUAUUGUAAUAAAUCAAUAUUUAUCAUGGAGAAGUUGGGUGCAACAGUCAGACUUCGUCUUAUCUGCACUAAAAAACGAAGCAUAUGAGGUGCACCUCAGCUCAGUUCUGUCAUGUCAGUGCAGAUGGAGACCAAGGAAAGGAGUUCUUUAGACUUGAAAUCCUCAGCUUGCAGUCUGAUCUUGAGAUGAGGGAAAUGCUGUAUGAAUGUUUAACUAAUGUACUAAUACAGGGGUGGCCAACCUUAUCCAUAAAGGUGCAUGCUUUUGUUCCAGCCAAGCAAAAACACCUGAUUUUUACCAUCAGACAUGUUACAGCUUGGCUGGAACCAAGGCCUACUACACCCACGCCAGCCCUCUGCGGGCGAAUACCUCCGAGAUGGAAAAGGGUUGUUCUAGAACUCAAACCACUCCUAUGACCUGGAAUGUGUAGUACUGUGCUGACUAAUGUAUCCACAACUUUUUCUUAUUGUAGAUACUUGUAAAUUAAAGGGUUUGUCAGUGUAUUUAAUUAUUCUUUCCUCUUUGUUCAGACUUCUGGGUUUGUGUGAAUAAACUGUCAUUCCAGUCAACAGUCUUCAUGGUGUUGACUACAGCCUGAGGGCAGGGGUCUCUAACGCCGGUCCCUGAGUGCUGUCUUGUGCUGGGCUGGAACAAAAGCCUGCCAUCUGAUUCAAUUAAGAUUAGUUGGUAAGGGCUGGAGAUGGUGGAUAUUUCACAGCCUUCCAUCUUAUCUAUUUCAUGAGGAAGUUGCAUUGGUUUCAGCCCUCAAGUUGUCAGUGCUCUGCUUAUUGUACGUUGAAAACAUGGAUUCUUGUUUGUCCUGAAGCCUCAGAGGGGCUUGGCCCUGAGAUUUAUGGGACAGCUGAGCACUUCAGAUGUGUGUGCUUGGACGACAUACAUUUACAGCUAUAUUCCUUGGACACGUCAACAUCUGCUGACCAUGUAGGCUCAUAGUGUAAGGCACAAGAUUUGACUUACCCUCAAGGUGACAUUAUAAAAUCAGAUUUCAUUAGUCGUCCCUAACUGCUGGUUUUGGUUAGGAAAAUAUGAUCCUAGAUCUGUGGCAAUUUCUUACCUCGAGCAAUACAAACAGGAGGUGGCACAAUAGUCUUCCUGAUGCACUUUCCAUCAAUAGAGGUCCCAGAGAAAAGUAGGGUUUGAAUGCUAAGCUAGCAACUAUCACAACAUUGGUGUUAAAAUUCUAACUAAUAUCUCAAGUUAAUUAUAAGACCCGAUCCAAAGAUUUUUUGGGGGACUUCUCCACCAACAUUUAAUUUACUCCUUUUAUACUUGUUUUUUGUUUGUUGCUUUUCUGUGAAACAAAUAAAGACAACUGAAAAGUUAACCCUA